GGACGAUUGCGGAAGGAAUCGAGCAACCUCACCUCCACCGCACCUCCACCGCACAGCAAGUUUGUAAACACGAAUUACGAACGUGAGACCGCGGUGUGAAGCUCUAGAUGCAUCACUUAGCGCGUCUCAGUCCACAGAACAUGCAUGUAUCACUGUUUUGGCCCUCAGCUUACUUCGCUGUCCUCCGACUUCAUCAUCAUCCUUCGAUAAGGGUAAUCGGCAACUGUGCAGUGGUAGCUGCAACAGUAUGCUUGGUCAUCCUGAAGGUUGAUGAACUGUACUCGCCGUUGGCGUUUUGCAUCUCGCACGACUGUACCACGGCGGCACGACACUUGGCCUAUUCGGGUGGAGCGUCCGGUGCAAGUGGGCUAUAGGCUUACGAAUAUAUUGCAGGAUACCGCGAAGCUGUAUGAAUCCUACGUUCGCUGACGAGCUACCUAGUUGCACACUCACAAUUGGUCUGCGUUACUGUUCUGUCUUGCU